AUGGCCUCCGUCACUCGCUCCAGUAGGCGAGCAGACGGCCGUAAAUAUUCUUUCCAGAAGGAGAACACGUCCUCGAUGCGAGCCCGCACAGCGUUCCUCCAGCAUGCCCCCAACGCCAAUGUUCACGGCGGAGGCGGCGGCGGUCGCACCAAGCGACACCUGGACGUGAACGACUUCGACACAAUCAUACCCAAGAAAACGAGAAUAUCCCUCGAGAUACUCCCGAACCAUCCCGCGAUCUCGAGCCAUGACGACCUGGCGGGCAACCAUGCCCCAGCUGAUCUGCUGACCGGUGGCGCGGUCAGUGCCAGAGGGCCUACGCAAGACGCCCCUGCACAACCCGCCCCGACACCACCUGCCGCGACAAAGGAACAGAACCUCACCAAACACCAGUCCAAAGUGACCAAUGGCAUUAAGCAUGAGCUCGAUCGCUUGCAGAGCCAACCCGUGGACACUAAGGAAACAGGUCGCAAGCUUCGGUCGCAAGAGGCUGCGCGGCGGUUCAAGAGCGAACUAUCGGCCUAUUUCCCCGAAUAUGACGAGGUGAUGGGAAACGAGGCCAAAGAACAACAUCUUCUCAACGUCGACACGCCGAUUGUCGUCAUUGACUCGAUUGACCAACAACCACCGCAGAGCGCUGUGGCACAACAGUCGCAUUUUCCGAUAACAGAGCCCCCAGAAAAAAUACCCGUCCGAGGAUAUGGUGAUGCCCUAUACACAGACCUUUUCGAUACGCAGCGCAUCGACUUUGGGUUUCUGGUGGCUCACGAUAUUAACAACAAGACAUUGGAUGACCCGUUGGCGGACAGCCUAUUUGAACCCACACAUAAGCGUGCGGAGAGAGUCGAGCGCUCCAUUCGCAAUACAGAAAAGGGACGCGCGCAACAUGAAAGAGACCAGAUUGUGCGCCUUCUUGACAGUCUCCUCGGCCAUGACUGGCUGAGGGUUCUGGGUGUGAACAGCAUUAUAGAUGCCAAGAAGAAGGAGUAUGAACCCGCACGGCAAUACUUCAUCAGAGGAUGCCAAAACAUUCUAGCCAAGUUCCGUAAUUGGAGCCUAGAAGAGAAGCGGCGCAAACAAGAGAGGGAUCGUAUGCUUGCUGAGCGAGCUGAAGAGGAAGAAUCCGACAGCGGUAGUGAGCCGGAGCAAGAAGAGAGCACAGGAGAGCGAAAAGGCCAGGCCAGAAGUACUAGCGAAUCAUCUUCGUGUCCCGCCAAACAGCUUCGCGAGGAGGCCAUGGCACGGUCCAAAAUGGCGGCAAAGGCACCCAAGCGUUCGCGCCCAACGGCUCCCAGGCCACCGCCCAAACCGCCGGGACCUCCAAAGGAAUUCACGUCGUUCUUCAGCAAGAAGUAUGAAAGAGAUAGUGCGCUGCAUCACCAUCGGCGAGCAGGCCGCAAGGUCCUUGCGUGGGGGCAUCCGGUCCCCGAUGUCCCAGAGUCCGACUUCAUGUUGCCGGAGGUGUACCGGGACGCGGAGACGCUACGCAUGCGAGCGCGGCAGAAGAGGAGAGAUAAGCGGAGCACCAGGAAUUAA